AUAAUAUUUUACACAUAGUUGUUAUUUAAAAGAAAAAAUGAUGCAUAUUAAGGAUUAAAAAUUGAUUAGUAAUUGACAAAUUGACUCUGAAAUAGGGCCAAAAUUAAUGGAAAAAUGAAAAAUAUGCUUUUACAAAGAGUGAUUGUUCUUUUAUAAUGUGUGACACUAAAAUGAUGCUGUUUUUACACAUUCUGAACAAUACAGUAUUCCACCGGAUUUUAACAUUUUUUUUCUGACACUCUUCCCUGAUACUUCAUUUUCUUGCAGCUUUUUCUUGAGGUGUUCCUGUAAGGACCCAAAAUUUUCCCCACAUUUUUGUCAUUUUUAGCUUAGAAUGCUUUUCUCCAGGCCAAAUAAUGUCAGAAGAGUACACAUUGCAAACAACCAAGACACUCUUACCUGAUAUUCCCUUUUAUUUUUUGGCUGCUUUUUCUUCAAGUGUUACUUUAAGAACCUCUGAAUGUUCCCCACUUUUUCUCAUAUUUUUAGCUUAAAAUGCUUUUCUCCAGGUCAAAUGCCGGAUAAGUGGUCACCGUAAACAACCAAGAAACUCAGGACUUGUGAAUUAUGUUCAGAAAUAAGGACAAGUCCUUAGAUACUGUCAGUCACAACACAUUAAUGAGAAGAUAACCGGCAGCGUCUCCCCACAGCAGCCUCCGAUGCUUUAAUAUCACCUCAUCCAGCAGCUCUGCUCCUCGGCCGUCUUUAAAAGCUGUUUAUUCUGCGUUAGUUGCUGCUCUCUGCCUCCUGAAUGGUGGCCGAGGGACUGCAGGAGCAGAGCUGCUUCAGGUAGAAAGAUGUGGGGAUAUUUGGAUGAUGAAACCAAGCUGCUUGUUAGCUCUAACUGCCUCCCUAAGAUGCCAAUUGUGCUCGUCCUGUCGCAGCUCUGGACUAAAUAAUACCACUUUUUUGAGGAGGAACCCAAGUGGCUCGUUCUCAAAACUUUUCCCCGACACCGGCUGUGUAAUUACAGCUGAUUUACUGAUUCCUUUUUGCUCCCUGCAGCAUUCUGCCCUCAGUUUAAUGCACAGGAAAACAGGAAAUCGAGCCUAUUUGUGUGCACAGUGUGAUAUGUUUAACCCGUCCUCACUGCAUCCAGUCAUCCGUAGCUUUAAACCUGAUGUUAGGUUCAUUUCCCAGGGACAGCUAUGAUGUUCCAUGUUCAAAAAAAUGUCAGAAGCCAAAAAAAAUCCCGAUAAACAUAGUUUAUAUCCCAUUAUUAACUCCAUUACUAAUCAUUUCAAUCAAUAUUUAGUGCAGUGGUGUUCUUUACCACAGAUCACGGUUCAAUGAGGAUAAUUCAGUAGUUUUUUCAUCAAAAAUAAAUGUUGAAACUUUUUUUAAUGUACAUUGGAAAGACCUACAUAAAAAAUACAACAGUUUAACAUUACAUUGAUUUUUUCUAAAUUUUAGUUUACUUUUCACAUUUUUUCUUUUUAUGGAAUAGAUAAAUUAACACAAGCUUUUGCUGUUCAUGGUACAAACAUGUGAAAUAAACCAUUUUAAUUUCGUAUGUUGAUUACACUUCUUAAGCCGAGCAGAAGAAGUUUGCUUCCAGAAAACGACUUUUAAUGAUAUUUUUUACUUUAAAUUUGACCAAUUUGACAGGCAACAUAAUAGGAGGGUUAACCAGAAACCGACUGAAACUUUUACCUGCAACUACGUCACAGAAGAGAGUUGGCAGUUAUGGAGAAACACGGUUUACACUUUUACCAGCUGCAAUGAUUUAUUUGCUCUACCAGGAGAAUAGAAAAAGACGAGGAAGACUCGAGCUUUCACAACAUCCCAACACAAACACCAGAGCUGCUCAUAAUGGAGUCUGCCAUUGGUGUCCUGGUGUCCCAGUUUAAGGCUUAUGCUGGAAGCGAUGGUUCCGCCGACACUCUGAGCAGAGACGAGUUUUGGAGACUGGUCAAAGCACAGCUGCCAAACUUUGUCAAGAACGCCGGACACCCCGCCGCCGUCGACCAGCUCAUGCGCUCUUUGGACGCCAACAACGACGGCGAGCUGAACUUCCUGGAGUUCUGGCAGCUGAUUGGACACCUCGCAAGCAAGCACGGGGGGUUCAGCCAAUAGAGUGUCCUCAGAUACCCCGUUGGACUUGUCAGAGUGCCAUACAGUUAGAAAAAAUGGGAAACGAGCCAAAUGGAAAACACCCUAAAGUGUCUCUGAGCUGCUGCACUCUUGUUUUUUUAAUUAUCAUUAUUAUUAUCAGUUUCUAUUCAAUGUGUCUCUCAGCAGCGGCUGCCAAACAGUGUCACCCAGAGGUGCCUGUGCUCACAGGUCCUCAGAGAAACUGCAGGGUGGGAAUGCAAUUGUCUGAGAGGCUGGAAAUAUGUGUGAGUAAGUAGAAUUCCUGGAAAACAUCACCUCCCUCCAGGACACAAACAGAGGCGUGGCACCUUCUGAACCACAUGUGAUGCAUUUUUAAAAAAUAAAUCUUCAAAAUAAAAUCUGAUUUAAAAGUAAAAUCACGUCUUUAGUCUCUGCUGCACAAACACUCUUUUGUUUUAUAUGUUUUUUCUACUUUCCUCACUAUCUUUCCACUCUGCACAAGUUUCAGGGUGUGGCUUUGAAUGCAUCUGUCCGCUGAGAAAGCUUUGAAGACGCGCGCACGGCAACAGGAGCGCGCACUUGUUCUUACAUGUUGAGAGGGGAAAAAAACUGUUGAAGCAAGAAAAAAAACAA